UCCAUGGAUUCCAUGGGUCCGCGCGCGAGUGGAGGUCGCGGUCGCCGCUCCCCAAGUCAUAAAUACCCACUAAACGAUGUCCAAUCCGAUCCUCGUCCACUCUCCAGCCCCCAAGAAAUCGAUCCUCUCGAUCGCACUCCCAAGAGAAACCACACACAAACACAGUACACAAGAGCUACUACAGCCAUGGCGCCGCCGCCCAAGACGAGCCAAAUCCUCCUGCUCCUCGCCCUGGCGCUAGCAUCCUUGGCGGUGCUCGCCUCGUCGUACCCUGCCGGGGGCUUCCCGCAGCAGCAGCCCAACCCCAACAUCCCCAACGUCAACGAUCCGGGCUUCCUCGCCACCAUCUCCAACUGGAUCCACGGCCGCGGCGGAAGCGGCGCUGGAAACGCCGGCGUCUUCGGCGGCGGGGGAAGCGCGGACGGGCGCGGAAAAGGGUACGGCGGCGGCGGCACCGAAGGCGGGAGCGGAAAAGGGUACGGCGGCGGCGGCACCGAAGGCGGGAGCGGAAAAGGGUUCAGCGGCGGCGGCGGGUGGGGGAUGGGCGGCGUUGGCCCGGGCGGCGGGUUCGGGAAGCGCGGGGUGUCGCCGCCCUCGACGGUGUGCGGGGACGGGCCCUGCAAGGGCAAGAGCCUCACCUGCCCGUCAAGCUGCUUCUCCUCCUACAGCUACACCACCGAGCACGGCGGCGGCGGCGGCGGCGGCGGCGGGUGCAGCUUCGACUGCAACGCCUGCCAGGCCAAGUGCUCCUGAACACCGAUCGAUUCACAGCGAGCCAGCGAGCUAGAGAUGGAUAUGGAUACGAUGUCGAUCGCUAUACAUGACAUGACAGCAGCUAUAGCUAGUGGUGAGUACUGUAGUUCGCGCGUGCGUGUAAAUUUAAAUUAAGGGGUGGAUGAUAGAUGGAUCGACUAGUGCUUCGGUGUUGGAUCGACUAUAGGUUACUGAGCUUUGUGUGUGUGUGUGUGUGUGUGUGUGGAUGGAUUUCGAAUAAGAACACGUGCGGGUUGAAUAAAUUGAGCCAUGAUUUUGAUACCAUGGACUGAUGCAUGAAUAAAUUGAGCCAUGAUUUUGUGUU